AUGGACAGCUUCCGCGGGCUAGCUCAUACCCUGACCACGUUUCAUUCCGACGAUGCCGUCCCAAAGACAGCGCAUAGUUGCGGCAAGAGGAUGGCACGGCAGUAUGCGACUCGACGAGAAAGGACACUCGCUUUGUAUGGCAUUGAACAAGCUUUCCGGGCGCUACAGAUGCAGAAGACCGUUGAGGUCUACCUCCAGUGGGCGGCACAGUAUGGCGACGUAUUCAGAAUCCAUCUCGGCUACACGCCAGCCCUGGUUAUCAACUCAGUCGAGGCCGCGAAGCAGAUUCUACACCGCAACUCCCAAGUCGUGGCGUCACGGCCUUCCUUUUACAGGUUCCACACUAUUGUGUCGAAAAAUCUCGGGACAACCAUCGGCGCCUCGAAAUUCAACACCAGUCUCAAGCGUACUCGCAAAGAGAUAGCUUCCGAGGGAAGCAAGCCAGCCGUCAGAACACACCUAGCGGACAUAGACCUCGAGACGCGCCACCUGCUGCGGGACCUGAUGAAUAGCUGCGGCGACGGCCAAACACCAGUGGACAUGUACAUGCCCGUCUCACGACUGGGCCUCAGUCUUAUGAUGACGAUAUGCUACGGCCGGCGAAUGUUCCUUGAGGACCCUCUCACGACGGAAAUCAUCAACGUGGAAGACCAGCUCUUGGGCCUGCGGAGCCCUUCGGGAAAUUACCUCGACUAUUUGCCUCUGCUGCGCCUGUUUCCAUUUACGCCGUUGGCCUGA